AAUGAAAUAUAUAUAUGUAAACACAAGAAUGCAAGGAAGCUAGAGUGCAAAUGACGAAUAAAUCGAAAUCAAUCGAAAUUCACACAUUCAGUACGUAAUCUUGAUUGAUCAUUGAUCCUGUUUGUUGGCAUUUUACCUGCACUUUGUACACUUUGUCGUUGGUCUACCAACUACAAGAUAUGAGUAUGUGUAACGUGUAAUGUGUUAUUUAUGCUGAUUUACGCUGGAAGAUUUGUGGUACAAGCAGAUGUAUAAUUUCAAAAUCCAAAAUAAGCAAACGAAAAAAAAGUAGCAAAUCAGAUUACACCUAAUACAGUUUAAUUGUUAAGAUUCUUAAAAAAAUGACUUCGUUCGGUCGUGGACGUGGAUGGUCUAGUCAGAACCAUAAUAAAGAGCAGAGCCUGCGUAGACCAGGAAUUGCAACUUUUGGCAACAAUGCUGUUAAAGAUAUAAUAGAUAAAAUAACCACCACAAACUCGCCACAACUAAUUCAGGAGAUUACAGAUUUGCUAACCAGCGCAGUCAACAAAGACAAUUUAAAGGAUACAUGCGAAAAUCUUUGGAAGCAAGCUCUAAUUUAUGACUCACUUACCACAAAAGUAGCAAUGAUAUUCAGCAAUUAUCAGAUUGCACUGAUAGAAGAUAAUAAUAAGGAAAUUAUACGAACUCGCUUUUUACGUUUCUUACAAGAUAAUUAUAUGUCUAGGGAAAAAGAUAAAGUACAAGAUAAAAAGAAAUUUGCAAAUGUAGUCUUACUUCAUGCAGAAGUUUAUUAUCACAUGAAGCUUAGUGAUGGAAAUAAACUAAAAGUAUUGGCUGAACCACUAAUUCAUUAUUUAGAAGAUCUAUUGCAGGACACUUCCAAAGACAAUAUUUAUUUCAUUAUGAUACAAAUUCUUAGAUCUGGUAAAGAUCUUCAUGCAGUAUGUCCGGAUCGAUUAGAGAACUUAAUGUUAAUAAUUAGACAAUUAUUAGUGAAAGAAAACAGUUACAGUUCUCAAUAUCGUGCAAUGUUAUUAUUAAUGAUAGAAUUAGUUAACAACAAGUACGAAAUUAAGGAUGUACAACAAAAAGAAUUUUAUCUCUCAAACAUUAAGGCUUUCUCCUUUGAAUAUCCAUUUUCUCAGAAAGAAUUAAGAAUAGUUGCAGAGACAAAAACUGAAAAUGAUAACGAAUUACAAGAAGUUGAUAACAAUCAACGAAUUCUAAGAGAAGAAAUAAAAAAUGAUUUGCCUGAACAAGGCAGUUAUUCAAAAAAUCCUAGUAUCCCAAGAGCAAUACGCGGAUCAGGUGCAUUAGACAAGAAUAUAACAAGAAAAAGCGAUAAUAACACAAAACUAAAUUCUUCAAAACUAACGCCAAGGCAAAAGAAUAAUAAAGGCUGGGAUCAUGAUGAUAGAUUUCAUAAAGAUUAUGAAUAAUACAUACAUUGUACAGUUUUAUUAACAGGUGCAAAAACACACUAAGUACUGUAACAAGAUUUUACAAAAAUAUUACAAAUGCUA